AUGACAGGCCACUUCCAAUCAUCAGGCCGCGGCGGCGCCGGCAACAUAGUAGACAGCUCCAAGUCCCCUCGCAUCCAGCCCGAAGACCUGCAAACGCCAACCCUCAAGACGGCCAUGGUGACGACUGGCCGCGGCGGAACCGGUAACAUGGCGAAGAACUCGGAUCCCGUUGAGACAAGGAAGAGGCAAGAUGUUGAGCCUGUCGUCCGCCGCGACUCCUUCGGCGCCACGCAUAUCGGCCGUGGCGGCACAGGCAACGUAUUCACGGCCGAAGACGCACAAGCCGCCCGCGAAGCCCGAAAGAACGGGAACUCUGCAGUCGAAAAGGAAGACGAGAACCACCUGCACUUGCACAACCUGCUGCACCCGUCGAGAACACAUAAUGGCCAUCACGGCAGUGGAAGUAAUCACCACAAGGAAAAUAAGGUGAAUAAGGACACUGCUGUCGCCGAAAGACAAGGUCAUAAGAAGGGCGAGAAGAGCGAGUCCGACCUCGGGUGGGCCGAGAAGGGCAAGAAUUUCUUGUUUGGGAAGAAGGACAAGACUAAUGAGAAGACUGAGCGCAGCUCGGAGAGGAAGAGUGGGAAUAGCUCGUCGUAG